AUGAAUCACAGAGGGAGAACGCCCGGAAGUGCCGGCAGAACAGUAAGAUCCUCAACUCAGCAGCAAAAUGUACAAUUUUCACGGUGAUGUCCUCGAGCAACUAUUUUUGCAGGGUUUGUCGAUGCGAAAACGAGACAUGACGCCCACAAGAAACCAAAACCUGAUGCCAAACGCGACGUUCGUCGGCGAUCGGUUUCUCGGCGUCCGGCUCGAUCAGGACGAGCUGGACCACGCUAACCAUCUGAUGACGUCGAAGUUGUACGGAAACGUCCGUUUUUGUCAUUGAUUCCUUCUAAAAAUGUGUUUUUCUUUCCAGAAGGAGAAUCUGAAUCAGUCGAUUUCGGAGCCGAACAGUCCGGAGAAGGCGGUGGAGGCGGAGACGUCGAAGAUGAUCCGGCACAAGUCGGCCGGAGUGCUCACCGACGCCGAAGAGGGAGAUCGGAUUCUCUGUUAUAAGAAGAGUCUCGCUCCGCCCCCAGCCAUCGGCUACAUCAACCAGGCAAAAGUAGAUCCGAGAGAGGAGAAUCUGAACAUUUGGAGGGAAUUUUUCAAUUUCAGGUGCUCUACAGCACGAACAGCGUCAUCAACCCGGCGUCUUCUGUGAAGAAGUCGACGAGGUACGUCAAGGAGAGCGCCUCAAAGGUCCUCGACGGCCCUGGAAUGACAAGUACGGCAUUCUAACGCUAUUUUCUUGUAAUUUACCAAAAUUUGCCUUCAGAGGAUCUCUACUCGCGUCAUCUAGACUGGGGAUGUCACAACUGGGUCGCCGUGGCUCUUGGAUACGAGUUGUACCUGUGGAACACUGAAACUUGCGUCAUCAAGGUUUGAUUUUGUGUAGUUUUCGUAACCAUUCUCGCUUUUGUCAGAAUCUCUUCGAAGACAACGCGCCGACAAACGAAGGAAUGAUUACUUCGGUGCGAUGGAGCCAGGAAGGCCGAUACAUUUCGCUCGGAUACGCUUCCGGAGCCGUCAAGGUGAUUCUGAAGUGUCUUUUCCAAUCUUCAAAUGUUUCUACAGAUCUAUGACCCGAACCGCCCGAAGACGACGCAAUAUGUGCGAGAGCUGAGAACCCUCAGAGUUGGAGGAGCCUCCAGAUGCGGUACCACCCCUUUUCUCCGCAGAAAUCAUCAGAAUUUCACAAUUUCCAGCCUCGAUCGCGUGGCGAAAGCAAGGAGUGAUGACGUGCGGCUACAAAUCGGGCGACAUCGUCAACCACGACGUCCGAAUCGCGCAGCACGUCAUCAGUUCAUGGGGCGGCGACAACGGACACUGCAGAGAUGUGACCGCCCUCGAAUGGUCGCCCGACGAGCAGAUGUGCGUGUCCGGAUCGUCGGAUCGCACCGCCAAAGUGUGGGAUGCGCGGCACGUGCGAGGAGCCGAAGUCAUACAGGAUCCGGUAGGCAAUGGAUUUUUAAUUGAUCGAGAGAGCGAUCCUCUUCCUUGGUUCUCGCGGAAGUAGCAAGUGUGCCAUUGGUACGGGAAGUUUGAGAAACGCCAAAACAUUUUCGAAUUGAAAUUUCCGAACCAGCGGCAACCAUAAGACCCCCCCCUGGUAAAGUCGGAAAUGUCCAGAUUGCUGCCCCUUAGGGUCAGUCCAGCAAUCUGAACAUUUCCGACUCUUGUGCUCGUACCAAGUGUUCGAUCAUAGCCAGAGUGAGAGCAGUGGGGAAGAGCACCGUCUUGAAUCAUAGGGAAAGAAUACAUAAACGGUCCGAUUUAACAUUUUCUCUUCGAUUUCUCAUUUUCGCUUUCAGGAGCCGCUGUUCACUAUCGACGAGCAUACGGGCCAAAUCCGGAGCGCGCAAUUCUGCAACUUCCGCGACGGAAUCCUAGCGACGGGCGGCGGAAUCAACGACGGAACGGUGAAGCUGUGGGACGUGAAGCGGCAGUGCCAGAAGAUCCGGGAGCUGUCGGUGUGCGAGACGGGCGGCGUCGGCGGCAUCGUCUUCAACCGCGCGUACUCGGAGAUGCUAACCGCCUCGGACGACGGCUUCAUGCGCAUCUACCGAUUCAACGCGAACUAUAAGCUGUCGCACGAGAUCCAGGCGUCGAACGAACCGAUCAUGGACCUGGUGGCGUCGCCGUACGACGAGGUGCUCAUCGGAGAUAUGGAGGAGACGUUGAAGGUGUUCCAGCUGUUCGCCGUCGAUAAAAGCACGAAUAUUCUCGACAGAACCGGUCCGAAGAACGUUGGAUUUAACGUUCGAUAA